AUGAGGGAGUCCUUCGCUGCCCUCCUGCGCACGGGGGCCGGCAAGCUUGCGCUCUCGCUGCUCAUUGCGUCACCCACUGCCACCGCAUACACAUUCCGGCCUGUCCCGUCGCCGAACCUCGAGCUGACCGAACUGGGACGGAUCGCAUUCACGGGCGACUUCGACUCCAUCUCGCUGUACGAGUACGAAGGACAGAGCCAGCAGUACCCCGGCCGCAAUGGCGCCCUCCUUUCGCGAUAUCCUAAUGGCGUGUUUGCGACCAUCAACGUCACCGAUGCCGACAUCAAGGCCAUGUGCUCCCUGCAAAUCAAUGGCGCUGAGCGCGUUGUUUUUGCCGGUAACUUCACCAGCGUUGGGCCGAUGCAGACCCCCGGAGGCAUUGCGCUGCUCGACCCGACGAAUGGCAAUGUGGACGCCUUAACCGGCCUCGAUGGCACUGCUAAUACACUCUAUUGUGAUAGAGAUAAUGAACAAAUCUACGUUGGCGGAGUAUUCACCGGCAAGAAUUCGAGUAAUGCCAUCAUCUGGAAGGAUGGAUGGCAGGACCUGUCCUUCAAUGGCUUCAACGGACCCAUCAACUCCAUUGUCCGUGCACCCAAUGGCAAUCUCAUCUUCGCUGGGGAAUUCAACGGUCUAGGAUCGGUCAAUGCCACCGUCUCCGCCGAGAAUAAUACGCAGACGAUUCCUGUCGGCAAUGCCAGGAUCUCCGCUCAGACAAGCUCCGGUCUCCCAGGACUCACGGACCCCAGAAACAUCGCCUGCAAGAGCGACUUCAGUACCCAGGGCCCAGAUCAGACGUGGCUGCUCGCCGACACCUCGCCGGGCUUCUGGAAGGCCGACUUUGGCUUUGGCUUCGAACCGACUCAUCUGAAACUGUGGAAUACGGAUAUCCAAGGGCGCGGCACCAAGACCUUCCGCUUCACGGCCCUUCCCGAUGGUGGCAUCUUGAACAUGACGUAUGUGGACCCGGCGACAGGACGAAAAGCCUACUGCGACGCGAGGUGCCCUCUCCCACAAGGCAACACAACCGUACAGGAUUUCACCUUCGUUAAUGUCGUCGGCAUGAACUCUUUUCGAAUCGAUAUUUCGGACUGGUAUGGUCAAGGAGCUGGCCUAAAUGGCAUCCAGCUGCUUCAGGAAGCAAUGUACUCGUACGCCAUCAACGACUUCAACGAGCCGGAGAACUGCGGCUCCUCUGGAGCCCGAUCCGAGGCAACCUCCACGGGACCAUGGCAGUACGAAAAACUCGCCGCCUUCGCGGGAAUGAGCAACCACCGCUCCGCCAGCAACGCCUGGGCCAAGCUAAAAGCCAAACUCAUCACCCCAACCGACGGCACCGCUCCCCCCGCCACCCCCAAAAAAGCCAACCGCAAAAAGGCCCUCCAGACCGACGACGGCGACCAAGACGAGCCGACUCCCAAGAAGACCGCCACGCCCCGCAAGCGCGCGGCCAAGAAGCAGGAUGUCGAUGGUGAUUUGGCUUCGCCCAAGAAGAAGAGCCGGGCCAAGUCUAGCGUUAAAGUCGAGUCGGAGGAUGAAAAGGAUGGGACUUCUCCUAGUGAGAAUGGGCCGGAGGAACCUGCUGUCGAUGAGAUUUAG